CCGGGUUCCCGGAUGCGAGGACGUUGGAGUCGGGUAUAAAGGGAUCGUGGAAGGCGGGAGUGGACGCAGUUUUGAAUUGGAAGCCGCCGCCGAAGAAAGGCGUCCAUUGAGCUCCCUUCAGCGUCUGUGAAGCGCCUUCCAGGAGGAGAAGCAGUACUCGUUCGAGAUGGUGUGUAGAGCCGCGGACGAGGGGAAAAGGGUGGCUGAGGAGAGGGAGGCGGGCUUGCUCGCAGUAGGCACGAGCGCGCGCCUCAGCCUUGGGGGGGGGGGAGUUGUUGCCGCCGCGAGGCGAACGUUGGGGACUCGAGACCCGCUUAGGUGAACGUACGUCUCUCGCGCUACCAACGGUUCUCUUUAGCAUACCCGCCUGUUGAGGGAGAGCUGUGAGGGGAAAAUAGAUGAGGAAAAGGGGCGCGGUCACAGACUUAGCGGACGGGUAUGAGGUUCCUUCCGAGGCGCAUGCGCUGCGCAGCCGGCUCGUUGCGGUGACUGGCGCAUACGCGUUGAAUCGGCGACUGGGGUGGGGAGCGGGCUACGCGUGAAACGCGACCACAUAUGCGCAUGCGCGGGAUGCUGCUACUGUAGUUGGCUGUGAGAUUUCCCUGCCGCCCUAUUUCUCUUUCAACAGCCGGGAAAGUAAAGCACGUGGUUCUAGGGGUGGUAGAUACGACCAGUAUUGAUUCUUCCACACUUUUGUGCACUAGGCUGGCGGCAAAGCUGGGAAAGACUCUGGCAAGACUAAGACCAAAACAGUGUCCCGUUCGCAAAGGGCUGGCUUACAGGUAUGUAUGUGCAGGAGGUUUAAAGUAGAUGAUCUCAUGUGUGGGGGUUAUUAUGUUUUGACACAUUCUGCAAUGGAGGGAGCGUCCGUGCUUCACUUCCCUGCUGCACACUUAAUGGAUAGGCUGGCUUCUAGAUAUUCCCAUGAAAAUAUGGAGAUCUGUGUUAGCGUCAUCUGUUAAAAAUUAAUUUUGAGGCUUUUAAGAUUGGGUCUCCUGCCAACCUAGCAGUUCGAAAGUACGUCAAAGUGCAGAUAAAUAGGUGCCGCUCCGGCGGGAAGGUAAACGGCAUUUCCGUGCGCUGCUAUGGUUUGCCAGAAGCGGCUUAGUCAUGCUGGCGACAUGACCUGGAAGCUGUACGCCAGCUCCCUCGGCCAAUAAAGCGAGAUGAGCGCCGCAGCCCCAAAGUCGGCCACGACUGGACCUAGUGUUCAGGGGUCCCUUUAGCUUUUUAAGAUUGGGUAUGAAACUACUGGUAUUUAUUUGGGCCUUGACUACUUUUCUGUGUGUACAGUUUCCAGUGGGUCGUAUUCAUCGGCAUCUAAAAUCAAGGACUACCAGUCAUGGACGUGUGGGAGCUACAGCUGCUGUGUAUAGUGCUGCUAUCUUGGAGUACCUCACAGCUGAGGUAAGAAUCUGGAAAGGAGAGAAACCACUCUGCAUUGCACAUGCACAAUAGAAUAUAGCUUGACUUUUUGUCUUGUUAUCCCAAUAAAAUGCCCCAUAUUGAAAAGUGCAAAGUAGUAAAAUCCUGUAAGUUACUAAUCCUGACCACUAAGAGCCCACUGAGGCUGUAUGCUUUUGGAAAACAUGCUAUUUAAUGCAUUUUAAAUCUGCUUUUUCAACAAAGAUUGGGGCAGUCCACAAUGUAUGAAAAAUCCCAAACUAUUAAGCUCAAGGAAACAUGAUUUGUUUGUCUGAAAUUUGCUCAUCAGGGAUUGUUGUGUACUAGCCCAUGCAUUGCAUGUAGAAGGGUUCAGUCGCCAGCCAGGAUUAGGAAGGCUUCUUAAACACAGACCCAUUGGUGUUGAGUCUACACCAGCCUAGUGUUCUCCAGAUACUUUGGAUUACAAAUAUCAACCCCAUCCAGCACAGGUGACUGAUGGGAGUUGCACUCCAAAACAUCUGGAGUACACCAGUUUGGCAAAGAGUGGUGUAGGCAACACUAAGCUAGGUAGACAAGUAGUUUCCUUUGUAUAAGGAAGCUUCCUGUUUUUCUUUAUAAUUUCCUCUGUUAAGGAACAUAGGUAACUGAAUAAUAAUAAUAAUAAUAAUAAUAAUAAUAAAUUACUAUUUAUACCCCGUCCAUCUGGCUGGGCUUCCCCAGCCACUCUGGGCGGCUUCCAAAAAAAAUUAAAAUACUGUAAUACAUCAAACAUUAAAAGCUUCCCUAAACAGGGCUGCCUUCAGAUGAAGCCCAACAGUUACUGAAUUAGGUAACUGAAGCCCAACAGUUACCAUAAGGGCACUUUAACACUCCCCAAUACUCUUAACCCUGUGUGAUUAGUACUAUACUGGACAUGUUUGAAACAAGAGGCUUGUUCUCUAGGAGCCAUGAAAUGUUAAAUGUUAUUUGGAAAGUGGGAGGGGUGUUUGUAAAGAGAUGGGCUAAACUGGAGGAAGCUGUGGCUGACCUGCACCCAGAACUGCUGUUAGACUGAGAAUAUAAUAAACUAUUUUCUCAGGUCCCACUUUUAAGGUGUACUUAACAGUAACAUCUGUUUCAGGUUCUUGAAUUGGCAGGAAAUGCAUCCAAAGACUUGAAGGUGAAACGAAUCACUCCCCGUCACUUGCAGCUUGCAAUAAGAGGUGAUGAAGAACUGGAUUCCCUAAUCAAAGCAACAAUUGCUGGUGGAGGUAAGUGACAACUUAAGUAACUUAGUCUGCCAUCACCACGGUUAGUAAUGUGGCUUUGUUUUAGUACUUAAUAAUCUAAUCGUGUUGGUGAUUUCAUCAUUUGAAUCCAUUUUUUUAUUUCCUUCCCACAGGUGUAAUUCCACAUAUCCAUAAAUCUCUGAUUGGAAAGAAAGGACAGCAGAAAACAGUGUAAAGAAGGAACAUGGGAUUCCUUAUUAACUUGGGACUCAAAUGCUCAGUUGUCCAGUGUUGGUGGAUUUCCAGUGGACUGCAUCUGUGAAACACUUUUUGCCUUUCUGUAACCUUGAAGCUGGAGCCCAUCAAGCUUUCUAACAAACCAAAAUUCUAUAUUUGAAGUCUUAACCUUAUUUAAGUGUUACAUGGCUUCAGAGAAGCUGUUGUCGUGGUUCUUGACUGUUUUAGAUAUGUUCGAUUUUAAUGAAAUUCUUGACAUUGUUGCUCAUUUUUUAUGCUUGAAGUUGCUUUACUCAGUUAAAAUUUAACUACAGAGGAUUGACACAAGCAUUUUAUGAAAUAAUUAAAAACAACUAGAGGUAUUAAAACGCUGUUGUGGCUGUCAAUCUCUUGUAGUUAAAUAAGAAUAACCAUUCUGACAAGCAGAAACAACAGACCUUAUUCCAUUCUGGUCAAUGAGUUCAAUAAAUGUUACAUUAUUACAUUUUUUAUCAUU